AUGAGCCAUAGAAAAUUUUCAGCUCCUCGUCACGGCUCUUUGGGAUUUACUCCCAAGAAACGCAGUCGUCGGAUUCGCGGUAAAUGCAAGGCCUUUCCUAAAGAUAGACGAUCCAAACCCCCUCAUUUAACUGCCUUCAUGGGCUUCAAGGCCGGUAUGACUCACGUUCUCCGUGAUGUCGACCGUCCCGGUUCAAAGGUGCAUAAGAAGGAGGUUGUUGAGCCUGUUACCGUCCUCGAAUGUCCACCAAUGGUUAUUGUCGGUAUUGUUGGAUAUAUCCAUACCGCUCACGGUCUCCGCACCUUCAAGACGGUUUGGGCUGAGCAUUUAAGUGAGGAGUGCCGUCGCCGCUUCUACAAAGACUUCUGCAAGUCGAAGCGAAAGGCCUUCACUAAGGCUUCCAAGAAGUGGGCUGAUGAAGCUGGUCUGGCAUCAAUUAAUGCCGACUUGAAAAAGAUGAAGAAAUAUUGCGCAGUCAUCCGUGUCAUCGCUCAUACUCAAAUGCGUUUAAUGAAGCACCGUCAAAAGAAGGCGCAUAUCAUGGAGAUUCAGGUGAACGGGGGUACAGUUGCCCAGAAGGUUGAUUGGGCUCGUGAGCACCUUGAGAAGCAAGUUCCAGUUGCAAAUGUGUUUGCUCAGGACGAGAUGAUCGAUGUGAUUGGUGUGACCAAGGGUAAGGGAUUCAAGGGUGUUACCUCUCGUUGGCACACGAAGAAGCUGCCUCGCAAGACUCACAAGGGUCUGCGAAAGGUUGCAUGUAUCGGUGCUUGGCAUCCAGCCCGUGUUGGUCGCAGUGUAGCCCGUGCUGGUCAAAAGGGUUACUUCCACCGCACCGAGAUGAAUAAGAAGAUCUAUCGCAUCGGUCUCGGUGUCCAGGCUCAGAUUGAGGCUGCAAAGAUGGAAGCCGCCAAGGAGGAGAACAAGGAGCUUGCUGCCUUGAUCAAACCGAAGGGCAACGCCUCAACUGAGUACGAUCUGACUGCCAAAAACAUUACCCCAAUGGGUGGAUUUCCGCACUAUGGAGAGGUGAAGAAUGAUUACAUCAUGAUUAAGGGCUGUUGCAUGGGUCCUCGCAAGCGUGUUAUCACUCUGCGCAAGAGUCUGCUCGAACAGACUAGCCGUAGAGCCCAAGAGAAGGUUGUCCUUAAAUUCAUCGAUACUUCCUCCAAGUUCGGUCAUGGGCGCUUCCAGACUCGUGCUGAGAAGAAGGCUUUCUUGGGUCCACUUAAGAAAGAUUUGGAACGUCCAAAAGUUUCGGCAUAA